CUUCACGUUCACAUUUUAAAGCUCUUAUGGUAGCGAGGAAUACCAAUACGGUUGCCGCUCCGAAUGGAACGGUUAAAAGGGUUCGCAAAGCGCCGGGGAGUAACCCGUCAAAGAUUUGCAAGGCCGAAGGUUGUUCACGCCAGGUUCGCGCUGCUGCCCGUUACUGCAUCACACACGGAGGAGGCAAUACCUGUGAGUAUCCUGAUUGCAAAACGUCCGCUCGUCAUGGGAGCACAUUCUGUAUUGCACAUGGUGGUGGUCGAAGGUGUCAAAAGCCGGGUUGCGCCAAGAGCGCUGUCGGUUCCACCAACUUCUGCAAGGCCCACGGUGGAGGCAGACGAUGCACUUAUCCUAAUUGUUUCCGUGCUGCGCGUCCUGGGCAACCGCAGGCGUGCAUGAAACACGGAGGGGGCAAAAGAUGUGCUCUUCCAA